AUGCAGUCGCGAACACUGCGGCUGCGGGUGACGGCACGGCAGCACCGGGCAGUGCCUGCUGUGGGGCUGAGCCGGAGAACGCGGGCAACGGUGUGCCGUGCGACCACGGAAGACACUCAGAAUGAGCGGAUCAAAUCCACGCUGGCGGAUCUGGAUGCCCUGUUGGGCAUUCAAGAGGAGCCGAAGGCCUCCGAUAAGGCCGCCACUGCGGACGCAGCUGCGGCAGCGGCGAGCCCGCUGAGCCCCGAGGCGCUGCAGACGGCUGUGGCUGAAGAGGUGCAGAGGCUUGCCACCAAAGACGGCGUCACAAACCCCGAGCUGGAGGGCGUCAUCACGGAGCAGAUGAAGAAGAUUCUGGACCGUGCUAAGGCCCUGGCUGACGAGCAGGCGAAGGAGGGCGGCGCCGCGGGCACAAACACAGGCGCCCCAGGUGUGCCGAGGCAGGUUUUGCGGCAAGACUUUGAAAAUUUGCUGGACAUCUUCUUCUCGGGCGAGACCGGGGUGGACAAGGCGGACAUGCAGAAGCUGCGGGAGAGCGGCGUGUUUGGGCCCCUCACGUUCUGGGUGACAGAGAUGCGCAACCUGCAGGACCCUGCUGACGUGGCGGCGGGCAACAGCAAGCAGCAAGUGGGCUACCUGAUCCGCGGCAACCUGCGCAAGCCGCGGCUAGAGGUGUACGAGGCGCUGUGCGCCAAGGUCGCGCAGCUCUUCGGCACAAAGUACGAGGUCCUCAUGAUAGAGGACCCGGAUGUGCUGGACCCCGACGACGCCCCCUUGGCGCGCCCCCAACCCCCCGCGUCCUCCAACGGCGCGAGCACCAGCGGCCGCGGCGGCGCGGCCGCCGCGCCGGUCGCGGAGGACAACGUGCGGGUCGCGUUCCAGCUCGUGCCGGCCGCCGCGGCGCAGCCGCCGCAGAGCAACGGGUGGCAGGUGACGGUGGCGGGCGUGCUGCUGCUGUUCUUCCUCGCGUCGGCGGUGCAGCUGUCCCUGGUGGCCAACAUCACGAAGCUGCCAAAGGCGCGUGAGACGCUCGAAUACUUUGCCAACCCCGACAACCUCAACAGCGACGCCCUUCCCCCUGGCCUCGACACCUGGGACCCCGCCCCCUACCUCGCCUGCGCUGUGCCCAUCUUCGCGUCCGUCCUCGGCGUGAACUUUGUCCACGAGGUCGGCCACCGCAUCGCGGCCGGCAUCCGGAAGGUCAAGCUGGGGCCGACCUACUUCAUCCCCAACCUCCAGAUCGGCAGCUUUGGCGCGAUCACGCCGCUCGCGUCGCUGCUCAAGGGGCGGCGGGACCUGUGGGACGUGGCGGCGGCGGGGCCCAUCGCGGGCGGCCUGGCGAGCCUCGCGCUGCUGGCCAUCGGGCUGCAGCAGUCGCAGCAGGGCGGCGGCGGCAUCCCGCAGGAGCUGAUGAUACCAGUUCCUACGCAGCUCUUCCAGGGCUCGCUGCUGCUGGGCACCGCCACGCGCGUCGCGCUCGGCGAGGCCGCCAUGGCGCGCGCCGAGGUCCUCGUCUCCCCCUUAGUCAUCGCCGGCUGGUGCGGCCUCAUCACCACGUCCCUCAACCUGCUGCCCGUCGGCAGCCUCGACGGCGGCCGCAUGAUGCAGGCCGCAUUCGGCAGCCAGGCGCUCAGCCUCUCGUCGUUUUUCACCUACGUCGGCCUCGGGCUUGGCCUGCUCGGCAGCAGCCUCAGCCUGCCGUUUGGGCUGUACGUGCUGAUCUGCCAGCGGACCGCGGAGCGGUACAUCAAGGAUAACGUGACGGGCGUCGGCAGCGGCAAGCAGGCGGCGACGGCGGCGGCGGUGCUGGCGGCGAUCCUGAUCCUCGUGCCCAUGGCGCCGGAGCUUGCGCAAUCUGUGGGCGUCGGGCCCACGCCCAACCUCUUCAUGUAG